CUGCUGAGCUGCCCAUCUGUGCCUUCUCGGCUUCCUCAGCGUAGCGUGAACGCUGCCCCGGCCGGCCCGCCCGCCCGCCAGGCCUGUUCGGCGCUCGGGUUGCCGAGUAGGCGACGUGCCGGUGGGCUUGGUGUGGCGGAGAUGUCUGCCACUCUGCAGCGCAUUGAGCGGCUGUCCAGCCGGGUGGUACGCGUGUUGGGCUGUAACCCGGGUCCCAUGACCCUGCAAGGCACUAACACCUACCUGGUGGGGACCGGCUCCAGGAGAAUCCUUAUUGACACUGGAGAACCAGCAAUUCCAGAAUAUAUCAGCUGUUUAAAGCAGGCUCUGACAGAAUUCAACACAGCAAUCCAGGAAAUCGUAGUGACUCAUUGGCACAAAGAUCAUUCUGGAGGCAUAGGAGACAUUUGUAAAAGCAUCAAUAAUGAUACUACCUACUGCAUUAAAAAACUCCCACGGACUCCUCACAGAGAAGAAAGGAUAGGAAAUGGAGAGCAGCAAUAUGUUUAUCUGAGAGAUGGAGAUGUGAUUAAGACGGAGGGAGCCACGCUAAGAGUUAUAUACACACCAGGCCACACGGAUGAUCAUAUGGCCCUGCUGCUGGAAGAGGAAAAUGCUCUCUUUUCUGGAGAUUGCAUCCUAGGGGAAGGAACAACCAUAUUUGAAGACCUGUAUGAUUACAUGAACUCCCUAAAAGAACUACUGAAAAUCAAAGCAGAUAUCAUAUAUCCAGGACAUGGCCCAGUAAUCCAUGAUGCUGAAGCUAAAAUUCUACAGUACAUUGCUCACAGAAAUACUCGAGAAGAGCAAAUUCUUACAUUAUUUCGUGAGAACUUUGAGAAAUCAUUUACAGCAAAGGAGCUUGUAGAAAUUAUUUACAAGAAUAUUCCUGAGAACUUACAUAAAAUGGCUGAACAUAAUGUCUCUCUUCAUUUGAAAAAACUAGAAAAAGAAGGAAAAAUAUUCAGAAGCACAGAUCCUGGCAAGAAAUGGAGAGCUGUUCUUUAGUUUCAGAUUAAUUAAAGCUUUGUUCCAUUUUGCUUUUA